GUUUUGGUGGCAAAACUCUGAGGACAAAGAAAGAAAUUCACCGCAUAUAUAGAGGUACCUACGACUCUGGUGACGGUGACUCUCUGUCUCCUCGAUCCGUCCGUCCGUCCGUCCGUCACGAUAAUUAGAGGAUUCUUGUAAACAGCUAGAAGUCUUUUUUGGCUUUUUGCCAAUGGAGAAAGGAAAAGCUUCUAGCCUAUUUGCCAACGACGGUUCAUUCAUGGAGAGGUUCAAACAGCUUCAACAGAAGAAGGAAAAGGAAACGGGUACUUUAUUGGAGGAGUCUAAAUCUUUGCCAACUGUAUCAGGGACCUCAAUUCCUAAGCCUGUAAUUGGUAAAACCAGCUUGGAAUUGAAGGCUAAUGAUUCACGUAAAACCAGUAUGGCUGCUUCUGGUGGUAAACUUGCCUUCAGCUUGAAACAGAAAUCAAAACUUGUGGGGCCCCCUGUCAAGUUAGGUGAAGAUGAGGAUGAGGAUGAAAAGGAUGCUGGAAAUCAGUCAGGUAAUGGACAGACAAAACGGCAGAAAUUGGGUCAGCCUGAUGCAUCCGAGCAGUCAUCGAAACAAGUUUAUGUUGCACCCUCUUCCCCGAGUGACCCUUCAGUGAAGAAAGUUGCUGACAAAUUGGCCAGUUUUGUUGCUAAAAAUGGGAGGCAGUUUGAACAUACUGCACGACAAAAAAAUCCUGGAGAUACCCCUUUUAAGUUUCUAUUUGAUGAAAGUAGUGCAGAUUACAAGUACUACGAAUACCGGCUUAGCGAAGAGGAAAAGGCUCUGUCACAAGCCAGGGAUUUCCAAUCAUCCUCCGCUGGUGCUGCAAGCUCUCCUACUCCUAAUACACCAAGUGGUUCUCAAAGGUCAUCUAAUCAGCACUCGAAUUAUCAAAUACCAGCCUCUGCUUUAUAUGAAGCUCCUGAGAACACGAGAGAGCCAGCAUCAACUGGAGGAUCUGAUCCUAUAGCAAUGAUGGAGUUUUACAUGAAGAAGGCUGCACAGGAGGAAAAGAGAAAAGAACCUAAACAGUCAAAAGAUGAAAUGCCUCCACCUGCUUCCCUCCAAGCUCCUGGGAAAAAAGGUCAUCACAUGGGUGAUUAUAUACCACCAGAAGAGCUUGAGAAGUUCUUGGCUACCUGUAAUGAUGUGGCUGCACAGAAAGCUGCCAGAGAGGCUGUAGAAAGGGCGAGAAUCCAGGCUGAUAAUGUUGGGCACAGACUUUUGUCUAAAAUGGGUUGGAAAGAAGGUGAGGGUUUGGGGAGCUCCAGAAGUGGUAUUGCAGAUCCAAUUAUGGCAGGUAAUGUGAAAAAGAACAACCUGGGGGUUGGCGCUCAUGAACCUGGGGAGGUAACUCCGGAUGAUGAUAUAUAUGAGCAGUACAAGAAGCGCAUGAUGCUUGGCUACCGUUACAGACCAAAUCCUCUGAACAAUCCCCGAAAAGCAUACUACUGAGGAAUGCGUUCACUUGUUAAACUUCUACUUGGUCUGCCUUUCACUAUUAGAAGUUGAGUUUGUUACAUUAUUGAAGCAAAUGUAAUCUUUUUUGUUAUAUUAUUUCAUAACAAACUUGGUUUUGGAGAUCUGAAUUUUGAUGUAAUGCUACAUUAUCUCCUUUAUCCACUUCAAUUUAUUAUGAAAUCUCGUUUUUCUACCAUUUGGC